CUGUGUGUCCUCCCAGCCUUGCCAGUAUCUCCCCACACAUCCUCCCAUGGUUAAUGGGCUGCAGAUUGUAUCCACGCGUCGUACUAGCUGAACAGGGGGCCCAUCACGGACGAAGACGAUUAACUAGGUCCGAUGAGGAAGACGGGUUGCAAACCUAUGGGUCAUCCGUAGCAGCUUACACGUUGAGUUACAGAGGCAUGAUGGCUGCUGACAGUACCUUGCUGCUUUCUCUGGUGGAGGAAUUUGUCUCGGGACUACAGGACAGCAAGGCUAAAGAUACAGCAACAGGUGUCAAAGACGGCAAGUUUACAGUACUACAGCUGGUGGAAGCACUGGGACCGAGUUUGACCAGCUCUCAGUCUCACACUCGAGCCAGAGGAGUCCAGCUUCUCUCUGAAGUUUUACAGGAGUGCUAUGGAAUCCUUACAGAGACAGAAGUGGAAGUGCUCAUUGCCUUCUAUGAAAACCGUCUAAAGGACCAUUACGUCAUCACGCCGGCUGUUUUACAGGGGCUCGGAGCGCUGACAAAAUGUACAGUGUUGCCUCCUGGCUCAGCUGUGUCCAUGCUGAGGUCUUUGUUCCAGGAUGUUCAUGUUCAGUCUUUGAUGCUGACAGAGAGAGCCUGCGUCUACAAGAUGCUCAUCGACCUCACGGCGACCAGAGAAGCCGAACUGAAGGGUUUGGGGGCAGACUUUGUCUUUGGUUUUGUCCAAUCAAUGGACGGAGAGAGGGAUCCUCGCAACCUCCUGUUAGCCUUCCAGAUUGCCAAGAACAUUGUCCUCCGGGGUUAUGAUCUAGGUAAAUUUGCAGAGGAGCUGUUUGAAGUGACGUCCUGCUAUUUCCCCAUCGACUUCAGCCCCCCUCCCAAUGACCCCCACGGCAUCACCAAAGAGGAGCUGAUCCAGAUGCUGAGGGACGUCCUGACUGGGACGCCACGAUUUGCUGAGUUUCUGUUACCGCUCAUCAUUGAGAAGCUGGACUCCGACGUUCCGAGUUCCAAGCUGGACUCGCUGCAGACUCUGACUGCUGCCGUGUCACAAUAUGAACAUAAGGACUUGGCGGAAUUCCUCGAGGGACUGUGGGCGUCACUGCGCCGAGAGGUGUUUCAAACAGCAAGUGAGAAGAUUGAGUCUGCCGGCCUCGCUGCUCUUACCGCACUCACUUCCUGUCUGUCUCGCUCGGUCCUCAACUCUGACUCUGAAGACUCCCUCAGCACCUUCCUGGAUCUCGUUCUCAAAGACUGCAAACAUCACCUGUCUGAGCCGGACCUGAAGCUAGUGUGGCCCAGCGCCAAGCUGCUGCAGGCCGCCUGCAGCGCCUCCGACAGGGCCAGCCACAUCAUAACCGCCGCCGUGAUGCCCUCUCUCAUUGAGCAGUACAACAGCAGAGCGCAGUGUUCCCACAGGCGAACAUUACUGGAGGUGGUGCAGCGAUUUAUCCUGUCGGUAAAAACCUGCCGGUCUUCAGACAACGAAGAGAGUGUGUUGUUAGCCUUCCGUCCGUCUCUGUGCAGCAUGGUGUUUUCUGCCCUGACCGAGACAAAUGCCAGUCUGCAGAUCACGGCCAACUCUGUGCUCACCUCACUGGCGCAACAAAGAGGCCUGCUGUUGGACUCUGAUAUUGAGCUGGCUGUAGAUCACCUAACCAGACUGGUGCUGACGGAGGACGACGCCGAAGUCAGUCUUGCUGUGGUGGAGUGUGCCGGAGCCUUAGCAGCGUUGCACCCUGAAGCCUUUAUCACUAAACUCAUCCCAAGACUAAAGAAGGAGAUGUUUUCUGAGCCCAUGGAUCAUGACAACGAAAGAGCCGUUUCUGAGCGGCGUUCCCAUCAUGCAGUGCGCCAGCGGUGUUUGUCUGCUCUGGCUGCGGUGUCCACCCAACCCAGUGUUGUCCAGGAGAGCACGCCUGUCCUCUUGGAGGUCCUGAGCUCAGCACACACAGGUAGUGUUGGUUUCUCAGUGGAGGAGGUGGUGUUGGCGUGUCGCAGUCUCCAGAGAAUAGCAGAGCAGGUUCAGGACACUGAGGAGACGGGGCGAUGCUUCCAUGACAUCAUAAUCCCACGCCUGCUGUCUCUGGCACUCCAGGCAGCACUGCAGGGAGAGGGGUCACCUGGUCGUCGUAGUCCCCUUGUGGAGGAGGCGGUCCUGUCUGCCAUGGUCCCUGUCAUCAGCACUUCCUGCUCCAGGCUACAGCCCACGUUGGCGGGACAGACGGCGUCUAGGGCUGUGUCUCUCUUCCUGCACGGUGAUGUUUCCUUUUUGCCCGACAACUCCUUCCCUUCACACAUCCAGCUGCUCAAGAAGCAGCAGGGCGACUCGUGGAGCCAGUCUCAGAUGGUUUGCCUGCUUAUGGGAUGCGUGUGUUCGUUACCUCGCAGUGUGGAGGUGCCUCAGAUAGAAGAACUGCUGUCAGAGCUGGAGGAGAUGAGCUGCGCCUGCAGCCACCCGCUCUCAUACACCUCGGCCGCAAAGUGCUUUGCCGGCCUGGUUAACAAGAGACCCCAGGGUGAUUCUCUUGACAGCCAAAUCCAGAGCAGCGUGAAGAGAGUGUGUAGGGAGUUGGACUCUGCGUCUGCAUCUGUACGCACUCAGGCCUUCACCUUCAUGAUCUGGGUUGCCAAGGCUCUGCUUCUCAGAUACCACCCUCUGUUUACAACACUCACUGACAAGCUCUUCUCCCUGCUCGACAAUGCCGAUCUGGGUCCAAUGGCAGCCGACGGCUUCACGCUGCUGAUGAGCGACUCCUCCGACAUCCUGAACCGCGGUUGCCAUGCCGACAUUCGCAUCAUGUACCGCCAGCGCUUCUUCAGCGAGAAUUCAGACAAGUUGGUCCGGGGCUUCAACGCUGCGCCGCAAGAGAAGAAGCCCAACUACCUGAAGGCUCUGUCUAACAUCGUCAAUACACUGCCCAAGCAGGUCCAAGUCACUGAACUGCCAAAGCUCUUGUCUCUGCUGUUGGAGGCCUUGUCGUGUCCCGACCAGGGCGUCCAGCUGUCCACCCUGUCCUGUCUGCAGCCCGUCAUCAUGGACCCCCCGCCAGUGCUCGUCCAACAGCUGGAGGCUUUGGUCAGCAGGUUGCUGGCCCUCACCUCCAGUCCAGCCAUGAAUGUGAGGAUCACUUCAUUGCGGUGCAUCCAUGCCGUUUCCCGCUUCCCCGAACAUGAGGUCUUGCCUUUUCGGGCCCGAGUGCUGCGAGCUCUGGCCCGGCCCCUGGACGACAGGAAGAGGCUGGUGAGGAGCGAGGCGGUGAAGGCAAGAGGACAGUGGUUCCUGUUAGGAAGUCCUGGGGGAAGUUGAUUCUGUCCCGAACCAAAAGCCUCCCAUCCUCCCUAAACUUGGAAGAAUACAAAGGAGAGUCGAACUCCAGGACCAGGUACCAAGGACCCAAGCUGCACAAGCCACACGACAGCUCUCUCUCCUCGGUUCAACUCCUCAGUGGCUCCCCUCUUUUCUUUGGAUCUCCCAGCAUCCCUCUAUCCUCCCUUCUCUCGUCUUUUCAACCAGAAUCCCUCCAUCCUUCGUCUUCUCUCCCUUUUUACUCGCCCGUUUUUGUUGCAGCUUGUCUGUAUCUUCAUCAACGCACAAGUUACGUGUAUGUGGCCCGACUGUGGAGCAUCAUCCAAGUCAAAAGAAUGUAAAUGACCAGUUUGUUUAAUAUUCCACGCAGCUCAUGUACAUCUUCCUCACUACGUAUUUGAGAAAACGUCAGAUUGCAUGGAAGCAUUUUGGUUGUUCAUAAUUUUGAAAAAUGUGACUCAAAGUGCAUUUUAAAUCACAAGUCCAAUGGGCGUCAUAAGGGUCUCUCGGAUCAGAUCAGCAGCUAAAGUAACUCCUCCAGAAGUCAUUAUAUAAUCGCAAUGAAAUGGACAGUAUUUUUGACGUUUAGUUCGGUUACUUGAUAAAUAACUUAAGUAUUAUCUGCUGAUUUUCUGUCAAUUAACUAACAAAAUAAUUAAGAAAUAGAUACAUAUUUUGCAAGAUUUCUUUUUUUUUUUUUAAAUCAAAUCUUGUUUGGCUCUAGUAAGAAAGUGAAGUUCUCAUAUUCAAAAUGGCUAUUGUUGAAUGCUCUUUUGUAUGUGUCAACUCCUAUACGCAGCGAGAAAGCGAACAGCGUACAUAGGCUGAGUGGAAGAGUCAGCGUAGUGCUCGUGGGCUACGGGCGACGAAUGAUCUCAUGAACUCAACAGUUCAACGUUCUCUUUCUUUAUUGUUUUUUAAACCAUUUUGAGAAUUUUGCCAAAAGAAAUCAGCACUGAACCCAGCAGGCACUGAUAGUCUUUUCUCUUCUCUCAUCUGGAUGAAUGUGUAAGUGGCGUGCGCAGUAAUGUGUUUCACAACAGCUGGUGUGUUUGAUUUUGUGUCACUGUGGUGUGCCAGCCGGGGUGGGGUUGUUGGGACCGGGGACAAAUGUGGGCAUUUGUCCCCUGGUUGCUCACGGGGUGACAUGAAUAAAUGGUUCACACCGCCACCGACAUGAGUUACAUUUUAAGAUUAAUUUAACAUAAUUAAAUGCCUAUGUUGAGGUUAAUGUACGUUAAAUUAAGAUUGUAAGUUAUGUGAACAGUAUGUCAAUCCGCUUCUCAAUAUUUGAACAAAUAUUGAUGCUAUAUCAUCAUUGUUAUUGUCGAGUCAUUGCAGUAAGGUUGGCUGACUUUGGACCUCACAUCAACUUAUGCCAAGGAAAUAGACAAUAUUUAAAAUGUCUAACUUAAAAUGUCAUUAAAACCUUUGUAAUUAUACAAAACUCA